AUUUUAACGGAGGAAACAUCCAUCAUAGAGUCAGACUUGAUCCUUUCCUCCUUUGUUCAUCUCACGCUCAUGAAGUUCUGACCCGACUGGUUUUUCUCGGCGUUUAUCAGACGUGGAGAAGCUGCAGAGGUGGAAACUCCCUGAAGUUUCUCAGUCUGAAGCAUCUUUCUAGUUCCACGUUAGAGGCUCAGCUCACAUCAUCAUCAUCAUCAUUAUUAUUAUUAUUAGAUCCUCAAACAUAUUAAAAAAACACAAUAAACGACGGCGGAGGAAGAAAACUCUGGAGGUAACGGACGCGUUGAUUCAGAUUCUCCUGUUUGAGGAAGCAGCCGACGAAGAGUUAACAGGAAACAUGAGCUCAGAGUCUCAGCGUCGGUUUUUCUUUGCUUCUGCAGUUCGUUUCUCAGGCGGUUGUUGCUGCUGCUGCAGGAUGUGAGAGACAGAAACCUGGAUAGAAGACAGAGGACAGAGGACAGAGGACAGAAGACAGAAGACAGAAGACAGAAGACAGAGGACAGAGGACAGAAGACAUAAGACAGCAGCGGAGACGCUUUGAAGAUCAACACGAGACGACGAGACGCUGCAGACAAACAUGGCUCUGUUCUUCUCUGGAGCCGUUACGAGUUCCCCCAUAAAGAGAAGGUCCAGGUCCAGUCACACCUGUCACAGCCUGGACGUGUCCCUCCUGUCCCCCGACUCCUCCUACGUCUGUUACUCCUCGUUGGACGGCGGCGACUCCUCCUGCUGCCGCCGCUCCCCGCGCCUCCUCACCAACGGCUACUACGAGGUGACGGAGGACAGCUUCUCCUGGGACGAGCAGGGCAACGUGUCCCUGACGCCCUGCAAGACCAGCGUGUCCUACAAGGAGAACCUGGUCCGGGUUUUCCGGCGCCGGCGGAGGCCUCGUAACUCUCUGGUUCGUUUAAUCAGCGACGUCACCGAGAGCUGCCAGUCCUGGCUGGACGAGAAAGUCUUCAGAGGUGUGUUCAGGACGGGAAAGAACCAGGACCAGGAGCAGGACCAGGACCAGGAGCAGGACCAGAAUCAAGACCAGAACCAGGACCAGGACCAUAACCAGAACCAGAGCCAGGAUCAUGAUCUGGAUUUGGACCUGGACCUGGACCUGGACCGGACCAUAAGGAGCCACGCGGGACCAGUUCUCCUGGACCAGUCGUCCUGGUCUGGACUGAAGAGCACGGAGCUGGAAGAAAACUGCUGCUUCACAUACGACCCCACUGAGGCCCCGCCCCCUCCAGACAAACUGGCCCCGCCCCCUCCAGACAAACUGGCCCCGCCCCCCAUCAUGCGGGAGGAGAUCUGCUCUGAGAUCUGUGAGUCGAAGGAGCGCUUCACCCAGUCGCUGGGGGGUCUGUCUGAGGUCCUCCCCCCUUCACCGUUCUACAGCAACACCUGCUGCUGCCAGGCCUCACCUGAGGACCCAGGGUUCAGCAUGAAGACCCUCCUCCUCCUCGGCUUCACCGUCUUCAUCUUCACUGCUCUGGUCUCAGGGUCUCUGUGGUGGAGCAGCUCCGUGACAUCCACCAUGUUCCUGAUGGUCACAGCUUUCAUGGUCGUCACCAAGUCUGGUCCGAUGGGCGAGUGGAGGAAGGCCAAGACCGAGGACAUCACAUCAAGGAAUGAGUAAAGGGAAACGAGGACGGCGUCUGGGUUCGCUGCGAUAAACUGGAAGAGGAUCACAAGAAGAAAAAGGUCGAACGGGACUCAGUAGAAAUAUCGUGUUAGUUCUUAUUUCAUUUAUCUGUUUGCAUGUGAGUUGCACUUAAAGGGCAAAAGUAGCUCUGAGCUCUGGAGAACAUUUCACAGCAGCGUCAGUGUCGUUUUUUAGAGAGAGAAAACUCCUCCUGAGAUGAAUUUAAAGUUUUAAGCAUGUUAGCUUCAGGCUAAUGCUAAAUGAGACGUGAUCGAACGUUUAAAACGAACCAGCAUCACGUGCUGGAUGUUCGUUUCUAAUUAAAGCUGCUGCCAAAGUGUCGAAGGAGCUCAGAGAGAAAGAGGAAUUAAAUAUAAAGAUGUAUUUUAAGCGUAUCUUCUGUCGUUAGGGGUGAAACUUGGAGCUUUUUUCAGAAGAAGUGACCAAACAUCAGACUUUUCAUGUCUGCAGCAACAAUUCAGGUUUAAACUGUAAAACAAAAACAAAAAACUACCUUCUGUUUCAAAUAAGAGCUGUGACUUAAAAUAUAAUGCACAAAGGUGAGGAUUGUAUUUACAACCGUGGGAGAAAAAAGCAGCAUUUGUUUUUCUGAAGGAACUGAAUGAAGAGUUUUAAUCUAAAAAGGCCACAAACGCAUUAAAGCUGCAUCAGCUCAGAUUUAAGAAGUAAAAGACUAUUUCUGCACAAGGACUUUUUCAGACUUCCUGAAAGUCUGUUCUUUUUUUUUUUUGUUAUGAUAAAAUUAGGAUCAUCAUGCUGAGACUUUAAUAAGUCACAUGAUUGACAGGUGAGUGGGCGGGGCCACAGAUUAAAGGUGCAUCCUCUAGACUAAUUAUUUUUAUUACUACUGAUAGAACGGGUGGUGGUGAGAUCAGGCCAAAGACCAACAGGCCACUGGUUUAUGUUUCUGCAUAAAUUUUACGUGGUUGCUACGGUUACAGCCCAGACAUUCACGUCGUAGCACAAACCACCAGAAAUGUAACUACGAAAGAGCUGUGAUUGGUCGUCUUCGUAGUAGCAUGUUUCCUGUUUCUCCGUCUCCGCGUCAUGAAUCAGUGAUUUUACCUGAGGAGGUUCGGAGGUGCAGACGUUUGUGCGACGAAUCUUUGCCGAAAUGAAACAAAAAUUAGCGCCAACUAGUGUUUGAGUGGAGUCAUUACAGAGCGAGACAGACUGACGAGGUACGAGUAGAAAUGGCUACGUGAGCUAGUGCUAUAAAAGCAGCACUAUAAAAGAGGCUUUUAAUGUUUUCUUAGCGACGCUGGUGCAGCUUUAGAUGUGAAAGUUGUUCUCGCAGCAUUUUGUGGUGAAACUCUUCUUUUCCUAAGUGCCUUUACACCAGCAACAUAAUAAUAAUUAAAUAAUAACACAGGGACACGUGAGAAGUUAAUAUCUCACCUUUAAUCUUAAAUAUGAAGCUCUUAUUUUGAAACAUUUGUCUUUGAGGGAGCAAUAAUUCCUGGAAAUGGAAGGAACCAGGAAAAAGGUUCCGUGGAUUUAAAUCCACAGAACCAAGAGAAACGUAAAUAAUUGUUUCCAACAGGAAAAGUUUGGCAAAACAAACAAACAAACUCGUCUUUAGGACUCGACGAGGGGUCGGACCUCAUGAAGAAUCAUGUUUGGGCCUCGAGCUUCCACCGCGACGAGGAGCUGGACGUGGAGAAUUAGUUCAACCCGUGAGGAAACAAAACGCAGACGAGUUGUUUUUUUGUUUUUUUCAUCAUGCACCUGGAGAACAAAGUCAGUUUGUUCUUCCUCUGUUCGCUCACAAACACGGAGUCGUUCUCAGUAUCAGGACGUUAAAACUGCGACUUUUCCAACGUAUGAACCAAACAAGUUUGGCUUCAUUCUGAAAUAUGAAUAGUUGUAAAUAAAUGAAUAAAAACAUGGCUGUGGCCCUGAGGCUGUGCCAUUAAUCGACUUUUAAUCGUGAUUUUGGUUGAUUAAAUGAACCUGGUGAUAUUUAAAUUUAAAAUGUGGGCUCUGCUGCACAUCUGAUCCAACCACCAGGGGGCGAACUCAUGUUUGCAGCUUCAUUAAGCUAAAUAAAUAACAAGCAGCCUCAGACUAUGAUCGUCAUCAUGUCGAGGGAAGAAGGCAUCAUGGUGAAGAGCUAGCGCCUCGAAAGGAAACCGCGUCCACUGAUCGGACUCGUGCUGUCUCAAAAUUAUAUUUGGACUUUUUUCUCAAAAUUAUAUUUGGACUUUUUUCUCAAAAUUAUAUUUGGACUUUUUCCUCAAAAUUAUAUUUGGACUUUUUUCUCAAAAUUAUAUUUGGACCUUCUAGAAAUUUUUGACUUUUUUCUCAACAUUUCGACUUUUUUCUCAACAUCGUAUUUCAAAUUUUUUCUCAAAAUUGGAAUUAAAUUUUUUUUUUCAACAUUUCAAGUUUAUUCUCGUCAUUUAUACUUAAAUUGCAUGAUGAAAAAAAAUCUGCCUCUUCAUUUUCUUCCUCAUGGGUGAGACUAAUCCACUUCAUAGAUGUGGGAUCAGCUCUUCUUCUGUUUGUGUUUUUUUUAUCGGUGUCAAACCGGACGAGCAGAAAAAUCUCCUCACGUCGUGAUUAUCGCGCUGCGUUCAUGUCACGUGGGGAUUCGCAGUCUCCAGCAUCUCAGCCGAGAUGUGUUUGUGAAUAUCGUCAACGCUUUUCCGUCUCGUAGGACGUGAACGCAGCAUCAUGAAGGUUUGAGAUCUGGUCGCACCAGGAGGAUAAUCUGGUUUAUAUAUAUAUAUUUUUACAGUUUGUCUGAAAAUCUGAUUAAAACAACAACAUUUACCACGAUUUCUGUUUUUAAACCCUGGUGUGACCAAACUCUGUCUCCGUCGUGGUUUUAUCAAGUGCCAAAUUUCUCUUUACAUGUCAGAGUAGGUCAGAGAACAAAGAAAAUCAACGUGUUACUGAUAUUUUUUACAUUUUUCAUACUUCUCUCGCUCUACUUUGUAUUUUAAGCUGCAUUUCAAAUCAGUAUUUUAUAUAAAUGAUGGGUCACGUUGUGUCUCAGAGUACGAAGCUCUGUCUGUAGCUUCUUUUAGCUCCACGUCUCGGAUAAAUCACGUCAUAUCUGUUCCUCGGUUGUCGGAGGAGACCAAACGGUAACGGUGGCGCCCCCUGGUGGGUCAGAAAUCAAUGAACGCAGCUUUAAAGGAACAAAGUUUAGAUGUUUUCUCUGUUUAGCUACUGAACAUGUUGUUAAUAGUGAUGUAAAUAGUGGUUUUUAUUUUUUGUUUCCAUCGACUGCACUUAUUUCCGUAGGUGGAAACGUGAACUUAUUACGUAACGUUUUUAUUAUCGUGUUCAUGUUAAUCAGCUGUAAAACUGUAAAAUUAAACCUUAACCGAGGCGCCGACUAGACUUUAAUAUAAUAAGAGUGUAACUAUAUUAUUCUACAUAUUUAAAAUCUGCUUCCAAACUAACAUUUAAAACAGUGUUUAUCCGCCUGUAGGUGGCGCCGUGUGUUUUAAGAUUUAACUUUACAGUGUUUUGUAUCUUUGUCUCCUGAAUGAAAUCUGUAAAUGUUUAGGAUUCAUUAAACACGUCAUUAAAGGCAAA